ACAGUCAUCCCCCCGCGUCGCUUUUCCACAGCUCUGAGCCAGGGACCCAGCAAAGCCGCCGGGUUCCUUUUAUGAACAACAAAACCGUGAUGAAGGCAACAGGAGUCAGAAAUCUAUUCACUGCAGGAAGCCCCAGUAUCCGGUGAGAAAUAAGAAGUACAAGAGCACAGGAUGCGCCUUGGGUCAGGGGGAUGUGAAGAGCCUGCGGUCUUUGUGUCCUUCUCUGGGCUGGAGCUCCUGCUGCAGCUCAGCUCCCAGCUCCCCUCCGAGCACAGCUGGGCGCCGGAGUCUAAGCUCCAGUGACUGCGGUCCCUGUGGGGCUUCUAGCCUCUCAUCGAGGGGGACCCAGAGGACAGAAUGGCCACCUCCAGGGACCUGCUCCUGCUGCUGCUCCUAGGCCAGGCCUGGGCGGGGACUGGAGCUGACCCAGAGGCUGUGGUGUGCGCGGGGACUGCCUGCUACACGGCCCACUGGGACAAGUUGACUGCCACGGAGGCCCAGCACCACUGCAGUGUGAACGGAGGCAACCUGGCCACGGUGAAGAGUGAGGAGGAGGCCCAGCAUGUCCAGCGAGCCCUGGCCCAGCUCCUGGAGUCACAGAAGAGCCGUGAAGCAAGGAUGGGCAAGUUCUGGAUUGGGCUCCAGCGGGAGAAGGGCAAGUGCUUGGAUCCUAACAAGACGCUGAAGGGCUUCAGCUGGGUGGGUGGAGGGGAGGACUCCCUGUAUACAAAUUGGCACAAAGAAGUCAAGAACUCGUGCAUCUCCAACCGCUGUGUGUCCCUGCUGCUGGACCUGUCCCUAACACCUCUCCCCAGCCGCCUCCCCAAGUGGUCUGAUGGCCCCUGUGGGACCCCUGGCUUUCCAGGAAGCAAUAUCGAGGGCUUUGUAUGCAAGUUCAGCUUCAAAGGCAUGUGCCGGCCCCUGGCCUUGGGGGGUCCAGGCCAGGUGACCUAUAGCACCCCCUUCCAGGCCACCACCUCCUCCCUGGAGGUGGUGCCCUUUGCCUCUGUGGCCAAUGUCGCCUGUGAGGAUGGGGCCGAAAGUAAAAGUCAUUAUUUCCUGUGCAAGGAGAAGGCCCCUGAAGUGUUUAACUGGGGCAACACAGGUCCCCUCUGUGUGAGCCCCAAGUAUGGCUGCAACUUCAACAACGGGGGCUGCCAGCAAGACUGUUUCGAAGGUGGGGAUGGCUCCUUCCGCUGCGGCUGCCGGCCAGGGUUCCGGCUGCUGGACGACCUAGUGACCUGUGCCUCUCGGAAUCCUUGCAGCUCCAGCCCGUGCAAAGGGAAGGCCACAUGUGUCCCCGGACCCCACGAGAAAGACUAUACAUGCCGCUGCCCUCAGGGCUUCCGUCUAGACUCCAGUCAGCUGGACUGUGUGGAUGUGGACGAAUGUCAGGAUGCCCCCUGUGCUCAAGAGUGUGUCAACACCCCUGGGGGAUUCCAUUGUAAAUGCUGGGUGGGCUACACGCCUGGUGGCCCUGAAGAGGAGACCUGUUGGGAUGUGGACGAGUGUGCCCUUGGCCACUCACCCUGCGCCCAGCGCUGUAUCAACACUGAUGGCUCCUUCCAUUGCUCCUGUGAGGAGGGCUAUGUCUUGUCCGGGGAGGACAGCACCCAAUGUGAGGAUGUGGACGAGUGUUCCGACCCCAGGGGCAACCCUUGUGACAGCUUGUGCUUCAACACAGAGGGGUCCUUCCACUGUGGCUGCCUGCGGGGCUGGGAGCUGGCCCCCAAUGGGGUCUCUUGCAUCAAGAAUUCUGUCCCCUCAGGAUCACCAUCUGGGCCUCCCCAAGAGGAAGACAUGGCAGACACAGAGGGGAGCACUUUGCCUCCUACCACAACAUCCAGCUUCCCCAAGGACUCUGAGAACACCUCCAAGGGCACACCCACCACAAGGAUACCGUCCCUCUCAUCUAAUGCCCCCACUACCUCCGCCCUUCUGGACAUGUCAGCCCCCAGUGGGGCCCCUGGCAUCUGGACAGAGCCAAACACCCACCUCCCUAUAGCUGUAGCUGGUCAUGGUAAGGCUACAGGUGAGAAUUCUGUGGCUACCCAGAGCGACUAUGGCACUGACGGUCAAAAGCUGCUUCUGUUCUAUAUCCUGGGCACAGUGGUGGCCAUCUCACUCUUGCUGGCUCUGGCUUUGGGGCUUCUGGUCUACCGCAAGCGGAGAGCCAAGAAGGAAGAGAUAAAGGAGAAGAAGCCCCAGAGUGCAGCUGAUAGUUACUCCUGGGUACCAGAGCGAGCAGAGAGCCGGGCCAUGGAGAAUCAGUACAGUCCAACACCUGGGACAGACUGCUGAAGUUGAGAUGGCCUCAGAGAUACAAUCAGCUGCCACCAUCCUUGGAGCUUUAAACUUCUCCUCUGAAGGGGAGAUCUUUGGAAAGACAGGACUGGAAUCUUAGCAAACAGUCAUACAACUUAACAGCCUGGCCACCUGGAGUAUGCAAGUAUUUUCUACCUGCAUGUGAUAUUCCUGAUGUGCCAGCUGUGUGUUGGCCUGCCAUUGUGGCAAUAUUGCCAGUAUUUAUUAAUGUUUCUCACUUGUUCUCCCUUUUUAAAUUCAAUCAUGGAUGAUUUCCUUUCUCUCCCCUGGUUGUGGAUCCAGGUUGGAGAGAUCAGGUGCUAAUGGGGCUCCCUUAGAAUGGCUUUUUCUGAUCUCUUCAUUCAUCUAAGAGAAAAAGUAAACUAUUGAUGCUAAUUAAGACUGAAAUGAUUUGUCCCUCUUCACAUGAUAGAAACUAAGUCUGUUAAUUAUUUAAUUAUAUGAGAUGCUUACUUUUUUCUUUUUCGCCAAAGGCAAUAUAUUCAGUGUUGUAAACCCUUUUCUACAUUUGCAUUCAUGCACUUCCCCAUCACAAGUCCUGCUGAGGUUGGUAUUGUUGAAAUCCUUUAGAAUGACAGGAAGUACAACUCACUGCUUAGUUUGUAAGGAAGUAGGAAUUUUAGACAUUGCAUCCCCUAGUUGUUAAGUUUCGGAUAGUCUUGAAUUUAUCUGUGAGUGGAAAAAUAUGAGAGAAGUUGCUAAAAGCAUUGGUGAAAGUAUAGCCUAACUGGUUAGAGUGACGCCAGGGAUCUGAUUCACAAAUAGUUGACCCAGAUCAUCAGAAUGGACUGAUGUUAACACAUACUGGACUGCUGAUGGUAUGAAUACGAUUAAGGCAGGAAAAAAAAAAGUUCAAGGACAACUCCAGGCCCAGAGUCACCCCAUAGGCAGUCCUGCCUCCACUCACAGUACUCUGUGUUCUGAUGCUUUGAUUGUAGAUGGAAGAACCCUCAGAAUUCUGACUGUGUCUGAAGGAUGUAGAAGUGAGAUGUUAGGCUGUGUUUUUGGAAAGUUGUUGUUUGAAAGCAUUUUAGCUCAGUUUGUAGUUCAUAGUCUAUAGUGCAUUGGGAGAACUUGACUCCUGAUUUGUGGGUGUGGCACACAACCAAAUUAGCAAUCAGUCACACAGGAUUCUUAAGGGGCUUUUGUCCCUGCCCUACCUUUCUCUUUUCCUUAAAAAAAGGGUGGGGGAGGAAAAGAGAUAAUAACUAAGGUUUUGCAACAGCAAAAAGUGCUCAAAAACAUUUUUAUUUCAGCUUCAUUUCAAAUGUAUGUUAGCAAAGAUUUCCACUCUCCAUCUCAUGGUGACAGUGCUCUUUGAAUAGCUCUGCUAGAGUCACUGGAAGUUGGGACGUUGCCUGAGAUUGCUGGGAAACCUCAGGUCUCCUGGAGGCUUUUUUCUACCUCUGGGCAGGAGAGCAGACAGGAGGGAACAUAUCUCCUUCCAAGGAUUCCAAAGUCUUUUUCUCUCAGAACAGGACGCCAGAUUGUUUCUGGUUUUCCCUUAGACAUCAUCCAUCCUGGAGGUUGACACCCUGUGGAUUGGAUGUGAACAGCUGACAGGUGUGUGGCCUUCAGAGUUACAUAAAUAUUCUUUAGUCAAUCUUGAAAUGUAAGUGUUAUGGUUUAUACAUAUAUCCAUAUGUUAUAUAUAUACAUGUAUGCAUAUAUAUAUAUAUUUAUAUUUUUUUUCUUAAGAAAAUAGAACACCCAAAAGAGGGAGGGGAUACGUGAAAGAUGGAGGCAUUUAAGGGCUUGAUAGGGUCUCUGAAACUUCUGCUUUUUAAAGUUAUCUCAUGAUCUCCAGUUUUCAGUUGGAAUUCGGGUGUCUCAUACUUAAAGGAGAUCAAGGUUGUGUCCAUUUGGCAAGGACUUUUGGCAAUGUAUGGAAACCAUAGUCCAUUGCAUGGGAACCAACAUCAGCCAUUCUAUGAUUUUUAAAGGCAUGGCACUUAAGUGAAGUAAACGAAAAUGCAACACCUUUUUUCUCUAGGACUUUAAAAUUCUUGCCCUUCUCAUUUGGGGUGAGGGAGACAUUCCUGUUCUAGCUUUCCACAGUCCCUGCACCAUUUUUGUACAGACCUUGCGAGCCUUGAAUUCUCCGAGGUCACCUGGGGAUCUUGUUUCCACGGCAUUCUGACUUUUCACACAGCAUAGCCCCAUUUUCUGACGUCUGUGUUCAAAUGCUUCUGUAGGUGGCAGCAUACAGUUCCAUCCUCAACGCCCGAGAAAUCAUGGAUCACUUCUGAGGGGCCCACAAGUGGGGAGAUGGCUUGAUAAGGAACACAGUUACUCAACCCUCUGACAGCGUCAGCUCUUUUUUUUGGCAAGCAGCGCUCUUUUAUCUACUCUGUCUGCCCACUACCCAGGAAUAGCCAACAUCCCUGGACCAGUGACCUCCGUUUAUUUCUCUGUCAACUUGUUUGAGGUAUACAAAUUAUUUUUGGUACAGGGGAUUGAAAACAGGGGUGCUUUACCACUGAGCCACAUCCCCAGCCUUUUUUAUAUUUUAUUUUAAGAAAGGGUCUUGUUAAGUUACUUAGGGCUUUGUCAAGUUGCUGAGGCUGGCUUUGAACUUGGAAUCCUCCUGCCUCAGCCUCCUGAGCCACUAGGAUUACAGGAGUGCACCACCACACCGGGAAAGGUAUAUAAAUCCUUGCUUGGGGGAGUCAGAGGCUCUUAGCUCUGAAUAAAUUGAUGCUGAUCACCCAAGUGCUAGCCAUUGACAAACUACUGUCACUUAACCAGAGGGACCAAGGUUACUUAGUCAUGCCCAGCCAGAGAUCCAAUGAGACAGUGACCAAAUAAGCCAAGCCCACUGGGAAAAGGGCUUCAAGGCAAUGGCCUUUUUUUUUUUUGCUUUUAAUUUUUUGUUUCCUCCUCCUCCUCCUCCUCCUCCUCCUCCUCCUCCUCCUCCUCCUCCUCCUCCUCUUCUUCUUCUUCUUCUUCUUCUUCUUCUCUCUCUCUCUCUCUCUCUCUCUUUUUUUUUGUGUGUGGUGUGUAGUGUGUGGUGCUAGGUCAAACCCAGGGUCUCACAUAGGCUCGGCAGGCAAAUCUACCACUGAGCUACAACUCAGCCCUGAAGGGUAUUUUCUGUUUGUGUUUUAUUCAAAUUUUCAUAAACUCAGUAAUUCUAGGAUACUCAUGAAAAAAGCAAUAUCCAGGACCAGCUCACCCCUUCCCAUCCUUCACCUUCUAAAGAAGAUUAUUUAAAGGGGAGAAGAUCCCCCUUGAACAUGCAGCUUCCUAUGGCUACCCAUUUCCGAAUUUCAGAUGACCACCGUAGCUCUUUUUUCUUGUUCACUAUUAGACAAGUGUGAUGCAGAAGGACAGUCCCCCAAGGUGACUGAGUAGUGUAGAAAACCAAGUGUAAGACAAUUGUCCAAAAAAUGCCUUGGGAGGGACUCAGUGAACCCUCUUUGUAGUGGGAAUCUAGAUCUGCUUUUAUGGGAAUUAAGACUGCCUUGGAGGCAAGAAUUGGCUGCCCACACACCAAAUCAUUAUCAUCAUCAUCAUCAUCGUCACGUCACAUUGCUGUGCUCCACAUCCCUAUGUCACUGAGAAAAGUGAUAAUUCACUGGGCUCUGGGGCCAGAAGGGAAGCAGGUCUUGCUCACUGCUGACCUUGUGUGGUCCUUUUAUUCAGUGACAGAGUAGCAAAUCUCCUGGAAGGCCUAUCCCGACAUCUUCUUGCCUGGGUCAGCUAUGUAGUAAGCAGUUGAACGUUCCUCUCUUUGCUUAUGUACAUUGUUCAUGGAGGACUGCACUGAAUGAAUUCACUAAAUUCAAAAUAACAAGACCCCCCCCAGACCAAAAGGAAUAUAGGAAAGCCUUUUCCUAUUAUUUUUCUUUUUAGCUUCUCCAUUGUCAAAAAAUCAGGAAAACAGGAAAGCAUUUCAUUCUAGCACCUGCUAAAUAGUUUAAUGUUCCCUACAUAUUUCCAUCACCUUAAACAAUAGCUUGAGCAUGAGAAUCCCAGAUAUGAGAUCUGAAAAUAUCUGGCUCCAAAAACCAUGACUUAUCAACAAAAAUAAAGACAAAAACAACAAAAAAAGGAAGAAAGAAAAAGGACAAUAAUUGAAAUUCUCCACACAUGCAAUAAUUAAAUAUCCAAUUUCACACCAGAUCCCUAGGGCAAAUUUUUACCAAGUGCAUGUUGAAAAGUGAAUUGUAUUUUGAUCCAUUCUUGGGGAUAAUCCCCGUCUGUUACUUAGGUAGAAACUCUGGAAUUCCUAUCUCAAGCUGUUAUUCUUAUCUGUUAUAUGACAACAGGUUCCUUCUAGCAGAUUUUGCUUGCUGUUUCCCAGGGCUGAAGUUCUUUUACAGAUUGAACUUAAGAUUGAAUUAAUUUACAUCAUGGUCAAGAUCCUGUUUUGUGAUGUCACAUGUGUUUGUAAAUGUUAGUAAUCAUUUCCUGGACCCUAAAUGAGAAUGUAAAUAUUUUUAAAGCUGAGUAUUUGAAAUUUGUUUGACUAAUUGUGGAAUUAUGGGGUUUCUCUGCAAGAUAGAUUUUCAUCCUGUGUAUAAAUAUUUCCCAGACUGUGGGAAGGGGAGCUCUGAAAAGUGAGCUUCUCCAUUGAGUUCCAAAAAAAAAAAAAAAAACCAAAAAACACGGCAUCCUGAGUGCCAUUCAGGGUAGCCUUUAAGAAGUAGCUGCUUUGUCAAAUUUGGGGCUUUUUGUUAUGCACUAAUGCUAAUAAACUCUGAAAUGCAUUUGUUAUGAA